AUGGUCCUCGAUACCUCCUGGAACGAGACCAUCAGCCAAUACGGGCACAAGGGGGUUACAGCUGUUCAUUAUGCCGCUUUGACUACAGGCACCAUUAAUUGCAUUUUGAAUUUGCUUAUAUGGAUCACAUUUCAUAGAAGUCCUCAAUUACUGCAGAAACAUCAUCUUUACCUUUUUUAUAUUUUUGCGAUCACCAAUUUUUUCUCAGGUUUUUUCACCAUUCCCACUUAUUUCAACUUGAUAUAUCGCAACAACUUGAACUGCCCGCGAUGGUCGAUGAUGGUAGGCGGAAAAUCCGUGCAGAGUUUCGAAAUGGCAUGCGACAGAAUUCGCCACAUAAUAACACUUUCGAUAGCGUGCGAACGAAACUAUGCACUUUUUCGACCCGGAGAUUAUUUUUUCCUAGAUCAUAAAAUGGUAUCUAUCAAAGUAUGCGUCGUUUCAUUGCUCUGGGGUCUCUUUGAUAUGGCAUUUUUAAUUGUGGAGGAUGAUUUGAGCGCGAUUCGUGUCCACUGUGUUACGACAUCAUCGUCAGGUCCAAUAUUUCAUUUAUACUUUCUAAUAUCGACAAUUGCGUUCGGGAUCUUGCUCUGCUGCUCAUAUUUCACAUUCAUAUGCAAGCUUUUUGUUCUUCGUGGCACUCGUCUGAUCAAUCUUCGCUCACGGAGUCGCGAGAAUUAUCAACAAGUCAACUCUCUUACUGUCGCUGUAAUUCUCAUGGUUAUUCUAUUUAACGUCCUUCCUAGCACAUUAUAUUUAUACGAUAUGAUAAUGGGAGAGCAACGCGAUACUGAUUCAAAUCAAAUCGUUUCAUCCGAUGAGAUUCGCGAUUACUAUAAACAGCAUCCGGAGAAGAUGUCCAAGAAAGGCCUUCAUUUUCUGGAUAGAACAAUUAUCACCGGCAGGAAUUACACAUUAAUUGAAUACAAUAAAAUGAUCAAGGAUUGGUUGGCGGAGAAUGGAACCGAAACGAGGCUUCUUGCCGACGUGUUCGGCACAAAUCAUCGAAAUUCGACUAAUUUGGAAAUAAAGGAAUAA